AGUCUUUCCUCUGCAUACUCACAAAACAUUAUAACCUUGUAGGCCAUCUUCUAUGACCAAAAAACAUUAAUGAUGGUCCUACAGAUAACCAGAACCAACUCAAGUUGACUUGACUUGCUUUUGGCUUCUCUCUUUCCUUCUUUCUCUCUAGUGUCCCUUCCUUCACAAGAAGAUCUUUCUGGGUUAAAUUAUGUUGUGUUUGUCAAGUAGGAAGAAGGAGAAGAAGAAAAAAAAGGAGAUCAAUCUCCAGAAGAACGAGAGCUUAUUUCUGGAGGAACUCAUAGCAUCUUCAGGAGGUAAAUACAAUCCUAUCCGUACGUUUUCUUCCCGCCAGAUCCUUCAAGCUACAGACAACUUCAACAUGAGCAACGCAAUCUGUGAAGACAGAUUCGUGUGGUACAAAGGUACGAUAGAAAACAUAACCGUGCUGAUCAAGAACUACAAUGAAGAAAGCUUAACGAUGAUCCCUGACAAUAUAUACCGUGACAUAGCAGUCUCAUCGAUGAUGAGUAGCCACAAGAAUGUUCUCAAGCUAUUAGGGUGUUGUCUAGAGUUUCCUACCCCGGUUCUCGUGUGUGAAUACCCUGAAAAUGGUGCUCUUACUGAUAUGCAUGCAGGGGAAGGCAUCAAGCCAUUGGCUUGGAACGUGAGGUUGAAGAUAGCCCGUGAGAUUGCAGAUGCUGUGACGUAUCUUCAUACUCAGUUCCCUAGGAUUAUAAUCAAUAGGGACUUAAAGCUUAAGAAUAUUUUCUUGGACGAGAAUUGGACUGCUAAGCUCACUUCUUUCAGCCUCAGCAUUCCUAUUCCAGAGGGAGAGUCAUGUGUAAUUGACAUCAUUUGCGGGACAACGCCACAUGUCGAACCCGAAUAUACGGCAACAGGUUUUGUCACUGAGAAUGUUAAUGUUUAUAGCCUUGGAUCCAUGACGCUCAGUCUUUUGAUAGGAAAGUCUUGGUUCAUUUAUCAUCCGUAUGAAGAUUACAGUUACAAGCGGCUAACUGAUUAUGUUGAGGAGUGCUUGGGGCAAGGAAUGUUCACCAAACUGAUAGACCCAUCCAUGUUAAACAGCGUGGAUGACAAUGUUCCUGAUCAUUCAAGAGUGCAAAUGGAAGCAUUUGUUGAACUUGCUUUGAGAUGUCUUGGAUUAAGACCAGGAGAAGACAAGCCUCGCAUGAUAGAUGUUGCAAAGGAACUGAAACAUAUAGAGAAACAGACCUGA